GCCUGCCAGCAGCUACAGAGCAACACCUUUUAGGUUCAAGCUUAAUGAAAAAGAGAGAAUGCCUCUCGCCCCAGAGUUCCAGCAAAAGUUUCACUGCAUCUCUUGGGUCCCGUGCUCAUCACUAAUCCAUGGGCUGUGGCCAGGAGUUUGCAUGCUCCAGUUGGUCCCUUGCCUUCAUGCAGAGUGGUCACAGGGCACAGUAAAUUGCCCAAAGUCCGUGGACUGGUUGCAAUGAAUCAGGAUGGUUUCCAAGAGGAAAAUGAAGGAAGGCUAAAUGGAUUCUCAAUGGCAAAGGCAAGAGGAGCAUCUUUAGUUAAGUUUGAUCUUCCCAAAAACUUUGUUGGCUUCCUUCAUUCCUACUGUCAGGGAAGCCCCUCUGUGGCCUCGUUACCUCGAAAGGUAAAGACCUCAGUUCCUGUCCUGGAAAUGGCUUCCUCUUAGACCAACUCCCAUUGACGUGUAUGUGUGUUCCACUGUGUGUUUUCUGAAAAUUCGGAUCCAGUGCCACUCAUUCCAGAACAUUCCAUCAUUAUGGAUAGCAUUGAGAAGUUAAUCUUCCUCUACUGGAGCAGUUUCGCUUCUUUUCUGUACUCAGAGGAAGCCAAAAGGAAAAGAUCCCAGCUGCCAUGAACUCUGCCAUCACCAGCUGUGAGCACCCUGGCCCCUUGCAGACGGUUGAUGGUGUGCUCAGCUCCCAUGAAGGUGGCCAAGGAAGGGAGAAGGGUGGCCAGCCCAGGAGUCCCAGCAGCAGCCACCUGGCUUACGGCGUCCUGGAUAUCCCACCAUGGUAUCUCUGCAUCUUCUUGGGGGUCCAGCACUUCCUCACGGCCCUGGGGGGUCUUGUGGCAGUGCCACUCAUCCUGGCCAAGGACCUGUGUUUGCAGCACGACCCCCUGACCCAGAGCUACCUCAUCAGCACCAUGUUCUUCGUCUCUGGUAUCUGCACUCUCCUGCAAGUAUUUUUAGGAGUCAGGCUUCCCAUUCUCCAGGGAGGGACAUUUGCUUUUGUGGCACCUUCUGUGGCUAUGCUGUCCCUUCCCACUUGGAAGUGCCCCACAUGGACACUCAAUGCCAGCCUGGUGAACACCAGCUCUCCUGAAUUCACUGAGGAAUGGCAGAAGAGGAUCCGAGAGCUGCAGGGAGCCAUCAUGGUCGCUUCCUGUGUCCAGAUGCUGGUGGGCUUCUCUGGCCUCAUUGGCUUUCUCAUGCGCUUCAUUGGCCCCUUGACGGUUGCUCCGACCAUCGCCCUGGUGGCCCUGCCUCUCUUUGAUACUGCGGGCAGUGACGCCGGGAUCCACUGGGGGAUUGCCGCCACGACUGUCUUCCUCAUCGUGCUGUUUUCUCAGUACCUGAAAACCAUCGCGGUGCCUGUGCCCGUUUACGGACGAGAGAAGAAGUGUCACACCUCUAAGUUCUACCUGUUUCAGGUCUUCCCUGUGCUGAUGGGGCUCUGCAUUUCCUGGCUGCUCUGCUUUGUGCUCACCGUCACCAACGCCCUCCCCUCGGUACCCACAGCCUACGGGUACCUCGCCCGAACUGACACCAAAGGCAACGUCCUGAACCAGGCUCCUUGGUUUCGUCUCCCUUACCCAGGACAGUGGGGCCUCCCCACCAUCAGCCUGGCUGGGGUCUUUGGGAUCAUCGCAGGGGUGAUCUCUUCCGUGGUGGAGUCAGUAGGCGAUUAUUAUGCCUGUGCCCGCCUGGUGGGGGCACCACCUCCUCCUAAGCAUGCCAUCAACCGAGGCAUUGGCAUCGAGGGCCUCGGCUGCCUGCUGGCAGGGGCCUGGGGGACGGGGAACGGCACCACGUCCUUCAGCGAGAAUGUCGGCGCGCUGGGCAUCACCAGGGUGGGGAGCAGGAUGGUGAUUGUCGCCGCGGGCUGUGUGCUGCUCCUGAUGGGCAUAUUUGGGAAGAUCGGGGCUGCAUUUGCCACCAUCCCAACCCCCGUGAUCGGAGGCAUGUUCCUGGUGAUGUUCGGGGUCAUCACUGCCGUGGGGAUCUCCAAUCUUCAGUACGUGGACAUGAACUCAUCCAGAAACCUCUUUGUCUUUGGCUUCUCCAUCUACUGUGGGCUCGCCGUUCCCAACUGGGUGAACAAGAACCCAGAGAAGCUCCACACAGGAAUUCUCCAACUGGACCAGGUCAUCCAGGUGCUGCUGACCACGGGCAUGUUUGUUGGUGGACUUCUGGGCUUUCUACUGGACAACACCAUCCCUGGAAGUCUGGAGGAGAGAGGCCUCCUGACAUGGAAUCAAAUCCAGGAGGAGUCUGAGGAGACGACUAAGGCCUUGGAGGUCUACAGCCUCCCCUGUGGGAUUGGCACCAAGUUCUGCACGUCCUCCUGCACCCAGGGCCUCCCCUUUUGGCCCAGGCUGGAAAAUGGUGGGAAAGGUGAGGUGGGAGCAAGCCAGCUCACACUCUGCUCCCAGGACUCCUCAGGAGAGCGGCCAAAGGGGGCCACAGAGACCAGGAUGUGAGACCUCUGCUUCUGCACGUCCCAAAGCCCUCUCCACCACCCCACCGAACGCGCUGAUCUCCCCGCUCACGUACGGGUGGACACCCCGCCCUCUCGAGCACCUCUCCACCCCACCCAUGGUUGAAGAUGAAUAAGUAUUGGUAUUAAAUUAAGACCAUGACAAGCGUAUUUGGAUCUGGUCACUUGGCAUCGAGGUCUGGCCUCAAGCUGUAUCCUUAGGUGUAAGUGCUCCAGCCCUCUCGUCCGCAGUGUAAACCAGUGCAGCCCGAUGUCCACACAGAAACCCUCUUAGUCCAUGUGCUCUUGGAAGUAUUUUGGUGCAUUGUGAGGAAGAGGCCCCUUAGAGAGGAUGGAGACAGGGCUAUUUGCUGAAAGGUGACAGGAACAGUUCUCUUCCUCCUCAAAGAGGCAGGAGGCCUUGCCGGCCCCUCCAAGCCCCUGCCCUUUGUAAACACUGAAGGGCCGGGAAAGCCACAAUCUCUGCAUAUUCCCAGUGCCACACCUUAGGGUCAGCUCAUGCAUCACAGGAGGAUGCAGUGAGGUGGCGAGAGCUGGAGUUGUGGAGUCAGACAGAACUGGGUUUGCGUGUUGGGUUCUCAUGGGAAGAUGAAACAGUCAAAGCAUUUGAGAGGCCUUUGGUGGAGGGGAGCCACUGUUGUUAUGAUUUAUAAAAAACUGUA